UUUACCUACAUAUUGAAAAGUACCGACGUGAAAUUGACAGGGCGGGAAAGUCGCGUUUUUUUUAAUCCCCGACUCAAACAGUGGACAAAGGCUUUGUGCUGUACGUCCUAGUGAUUCGAUUUCGGACUUUAUAUUGAUAAUCAGUGAAGAUGCCGUCCGAGGUGAUCGCCGACAAGUCUCUGCAGCGCGAGCUGGCGGACUCCAUCAUCCGCAUGGUGCCGCUGGACGAGAUCCGCAUCCUGCUGGCCUGCGGAGCUAAGGUGAACGAACCAGUGACGCAAGGCCUACGACCCAUACACUACGCCAUCUGGCAGCGCUACCUGGAGGCGACGCGACUGCUGCUCGUCCGCGGCUGCGACAUCAACGCGACGGACGACUGCGGGUACAGCGCUCUGCACCUCUCCGCGGAGCACGGAUACACGGAGCUGGUAAAGUUACUCCUGGAGAGUGGCGCGGCGGUGGACUACCGGCCCGACACCGGCGAGGAGUUCCCGCGCACCACGCUCUGUGACGAGCCGCUGCGCCUGGCCAUACGGAACAAGCAUUAUGCGGUCGCCCGUCUCCUUUUAGAACACGGUGCGGACCCCAACAAACGCUACUUCUUCGGCUCCGAGAUCAACCUGGUCUCCGACCCUGAAUAUCUGGAGCUGCUGCUCAUGUUUGGAGCCAACCCUGACUCCAGGGACAGGGCUGGUCUGACUCCGUUAAUGAAAGCUGCGAGACAAAGAAAGGGCAUAGAGUCAGUGCUACUGUUGAUCAGCUAUGGUGCGGAUGUGAACGCUAUGGCAGACGCGCGCAACGACUAUAGGACCGUCAUGCAUUACGCUGUCCUAGGUGGUAAUACCGAUGUAGUGAACCUGUUGGUGAAGCAAGGGGCGCGCGUGAACUACGACUGUCCGGACCUCAACAAGCCGAGCGCUCUGGACCUCGCCAUACUGAAGGGGGAUGUGACGAUGCUGCAGCUACUGCUGACUGCUGGUGCUCAGGUGAAUUCUUCAAGCUCAGUGAUCGGCACUCCGCUGCACGUGGCUUGCUCCGACAACAUUUCCAACAGAAAGGAAAUGGUCAAGAUCCUUCUGGAAAGCGGCGCAGAUCCGAACCUGAAGGUCUACAACGAAGACGACGGGGCGCAGCUGCGGCCGGCGCUGGCGGAGUACCUCGCCAGCGACACCGACCCCUGCGCUGACACUGUCGCCCUGCUGCUGAGAUACGGAGCUAGAGUAAUAAUGAAAACCCAAUUCCGCGAUCCGGACGGCAUCCUCAACCACCUCCAGAACGUCACUACUGUAGAGCACGAGCACAUCUUCUACAUGCUUCUAGAAGCUGCCGAAGCCUUCGACCUAUGCAUGAUCAAAAGAAAUAACAUCCUGAACGCUGUGCAAAAAGAAACCUUAAUUCAAAGAGCUAAGACUCCUAUUGCUUUGCUGGCUCAAGCGAGGAUAUUUUUCCGAAAAUUCUUCGGUUCAACGCUGAUAAAAGUUGUUAAGAAGCUGGAGAUUCCUAAAACUCUCCACAGUUACCUUCUUUUCGAGUGCAGUUAAAUUUUCAAGAUUCUUUUUGGAUUUUUUUGAGCCUUAUGACUAGGCAUGACAGCUUUAGACCUUUGCCAAUAAAAACAAUAAAAAAAAACAGAUAUAAAUGUUUUUAAUGACUGGCUUCACAGGUCUACAAGACUGGCUUCAAUGGCUUGGGCUCUAACCUGAAGGAGACAAGCCUUUUUGAUUAAUGUUGCCAGGUGUCUCAAAGCUAUUUUACCGACUUGGUACCUAAUUUUAGAUAGGUAUAGGAUUGUAAGGAGGGUUGUAGGUUUUUUAUUUCUUCUACUGACUGUAUGUACGGUAUUAUAUUCGUUUUUUACACAGAUAGCUACGACAAAAUAUUAAUAUAUAUUUUUUUAAAUGUUUUUAAUGAGUAGGUUUUUUAUGUUCAUGUGACGUAUUCAUUCAUACAUAAUAAAUAAUUGAAUGAUAAUUUUGAUUUUUAUUCUAUAAUAAAAUGUAGGUUGGGUAAAUAUAAAUUGGGUAUUCUCGAAAAAGAUACACGACUUUCAAUAUAUAUAUUUUUAAAGUAGCUAUAUAUAUUUGCUUUUAAGAGGCAUGCGUAUAAUAUUAUAUAAACUACGCAUACAAUAAUUUUAGAAGGUAUCCUCUAUUUUUGUAGUCUGAUAUUAUUAUAAUAUUGUGAUAAUAUUUUGUGAUAUCAUAAAAUGUAAGACUUUUACUUGUAACUUUAAUUAGGUAAACUACAAGUAAAUAUGUAUUGGACUGGUUAUUAUUAUUCUGAAUAUAGUUUGUGUGUAGAAA